UCUCGAUUAGAACCAUUUAAACAAGAGCUUUGACUUCGUGUAGUUCUAGGCAUGUGUAUUUCUCAGUGGCCACUCGGUCAUGGCUCUUUGAAAUCAACACUAUUUGUCUUUGAGCUAAGACUACGCAAUCUAUGCAUAUUUAACAAAACACCAGCGUCAUUCUUAACUUGUUUUUAUGAAAGAAAUGGAUAGUUACGUCCAACCGUUUGUUAAAAUAGUUCUUUCUUUUUUAAGUUUGGAAGCAUUAAACUUUAUGAACAUAAAAUCCAGAACGAUAAAACAAAUGAAGUUUUUGUUAGAAAAAAAAAUCCCGAUUCUUAAAACUGCAAACCUAACAAAAAUGAGAGACAUAUUUUUUCAAUUAAACUUUGUAUUUGUUGAUUAAGAAAAAUGCAAGAAUUUUGAGCAAAUUAAAAUAGUUUUUGAAUUCAACACAAUAUUAGUCUUAUAAAUUACACACAUUAAUUUAAUACAACUGUUUAUCAAUGAUAGAUCUUAUAUGUUGUAUUUUAAUGGAUAUACAAAAGUUAACAAUGUAUAAAGGAAAUGUUUUUGCAUACUGUAUAUUUUUGCAGAUUCAAUGGGCGAAUUCACGACCAGACAUGCAACUCAAAUCCAUUCUGUUUUUGACGACUCCUACAACAAGUAUGUCAGACCAUUUGCUCUCACCAAUAUCAGCAUUGAAUUGGUUCUGUUUUCGAUCGAUGAAUUGGACGUAAAAAGGCAGACAAUGUCUUCCUCUGGUUGGCUAACUGUUACUUGGGAUGAUCCACGAUUGACUUGGAAUGCGUCAGCCUACGGCGGCAUAGAAUAUAUCUAUACCAAACAGGACAAAAUCUGGUGCCCAGAACUCAUCAUCGAUAACUCUGUUGAAGGAAUCAAGCCUAUUGGGGAUAAAGACUUGUAUUUCAAAGUGAAGCAUACCGGUGAGGUUCGCUGGGAUCCUCCUGGUCGUUACAUCACUCAUUGUGAAUUUGACGUCACUUAUUUCCCAUUCGACUACCAGAAAUGUUCUAUUGAGAUUGUAAGUUUCGGUUUCUCGAAAGAGGUUGUGACUUUGAAAAAUUCCAGAGAUACAAUCAACAUCGAGGAUUAUCAGGAUCACGGGGGAUGGGUCCUGCAUUCUACAAGGACAGAAAAUCAUGUUUUAGUAGAAAAUGGCGAGGAAUUUUCUAUGUUGGAAUUUCAAAUGAUCUUUGAAAGGCGGCCCGGAUAUUACAUUACGAACAUUAUUUACCCCGUGAUUCUAGUCUCUCUUCUGACUAACCUAGUUUUUCUUCUUCCUGCGGAUUCCGGGGAGAAGAUAUCAUACAUCCUCACUGUUCUGUUGGCCCAGGCAGUGCUGCUGACCCUAAUCGGGAACAGCAUGCCGACGACGUCUAAAAAAGCACCUUUAAUAGAAGUAUACGUCUCCUUUGUACUAAUGUUGGCGGCCUUGUCCAUUGUCAUCACCAUCCUGAAUCUCCGCCUUCACCUCAGAGCGGACCAAUCAGCGGUGCCAAAAUGGCUUAAGUUCUUCACCCUCAAAGUGCUUCUCAGAAUCAGCUGUCGAAGUUCAAGAGUCGAAGACUACGUGGUUUCCAACGAGGUUUCCAACGAGGGCACAGCCGAAUACCACUUCCUAAAUCGCAUGUCAGCUACAAGGCCACAGGUACCAAUCAGGAAGGAUCGAGUGUUCCCAUUCCAUUGCAAGGAGGUGUCAGCUUUACUUGAUCUUUUCUUUUUUCAUUUAUUUAACAUCAUAAUGUUUAUAAUGACAAUGGUUUUGGUUAUAAUUCUAUCGGUGUCUGAUGGACCUCCAACAAAAACCACACAUAGUGAGUAAAAGCAAGUCAUUUAAAGAUAAUCUUACUAAAAUACCAUCUUAUAUUUUUUUUUAACUUUAAUUUAAACAAUGUAAGUGUGGCUCGCAAAAUCUACAAAAAUGAACAGUUUCACAGUCGAUAACAGCACGUCGACGGACAGUAACGAAGUCAAUCUAUAUUUCAUUUGUUUCAGAAAUGUAAUCUAUUAUUAACCUGAGAGCAAUUAUUUGCAGUUGUAAAACAUAGUUUUUCUAAAAGAUAACGUUUCACGAUUUGUAGACCAUAAUUGACGUUUAUUUACAGACAAAUAAACUUAAGAUUUCUUUAACUAUAUUUUACACAUUCAAAUAUUAUUAAUAGCUGA